GGCCUUUCUCUCUCUUUCUCUCUCUCUCGCUCGCUCUCUUUUCGUUUUCAUCCAGUUGAUCUCUGUUCUGGCCUUCUUUCCUCGUUGGUUCCAUCCAUCCAUCUAUCCAUCCACGGACGGUGGUGUGUAUGAAGACCAUGGCAAGCUUCAGAAACGUGGUGGUUCUCAUUUGAGUGGAAGACCUCGUCCGAGUUGGAAGCUACGGGUUCUUAAUCUCCUCCUGGACUGGCCUCCGAAACUCAGCAUUUGAAGCGAGACCCAAAGAGAGAAGAAGAGAGUAGAACCCACAUUGCGAGUGGAACCACUCCUCUCCGAGAGUCUUUGGUUCUUCGUCUUGUCUACGUACUCGUACUACCGUACUACCGUACACACUUCAGACAGUGAAACGUAGUCGAAGUAAGUGCAAGCCAGAGAGCUUGAGCUACUAGCCGGCGAGCAAACCAGCCCCAGUGUUUGAGUGUGAGUGUGCCAUUAGUGCUGGGAUUUCUCAUGUCAUCCUGCCCGACUUGGCGGAGGAAACGGCCAACAGCAGAAGGAUCCGAGUGGAACUAGAUCACUAUGAUGAAGAAAAGGAAGCCACUCGAUGCGUCGGCAUGGUAUCACGGUUCCAUCACUCGAAUAGCAGCUGAAUUGAGUUUGGCUCGAGAUGGAGACUUCUUGGUGCGUGAUUGCAUUAGUGCUCCAGGGAAUUACGUCCUAACCUGUCGGUGGCGAGGACAAAUCCUCAAUUUUCGCAUGAACCGAGUGCCCAACAGUCAAGAGGAUCAGGAUAGUCCCUCAGAGGGCAAGUUUCAAUUUGAGGAUGAGGCCUUUUCGAGGGUAGAGGACCUGGUGCUCUUUCACUGGCAUCAGCAGCGGCCAAUUUCCCAAAUCUCGGGUGCUCUCAUUCGUAAUCCAAUUCAUCGGGAAGGAGCCAGUGAACAGGAAAAUAAUAUCAACCACGCGAGUGGGCCUAACCAUUUCUCAUCCUCGUCUUCUCCGUUUUCGUCUUCCUCUCCUUCAUCGUUUUCUCCCACCCUUCAUUCUUGUCCGCAGACGGGCACAGAAGACGCGUCUACGACCAUUCCGGCCUCGAAUGGGUUGGUGAUGAAAAUGGCCUCCGAGUCGAAUCCUCAAGCCGAGGGCGAAAACGGUGAAAACGGCGAAAACGGCGAGAAGGGCGAAAAGGGCGAAAAGGGAUCCUACUUUUUUAGCGAGAAUAAUUUUGUCGUAAAAUAUCGGGAUCCGGGUGAGAAGACCAUGGGAGGGCUGGGAAGGCAGACUCAGAGCAUGAUUCUGGAGACAGUGCCAAAUUUCCAUGUCCCCUUGCCAGAUGAGCAUAGCCAGGAUAGACAAACGCCCUUGGAUGCGUGCCAACCCCGCCCUCGAUACCAGUUUUGUGCCAUGUCCUUGCCAAGAACCAAAUCUAGUGAUGUGCUCCUGUCUACCACGUCCUCACCGGAAGCGUCAACCAUCCGAGCCAAUCCAAUCAAUACAUUCAGCACCUUCAAGCGAUCACCCUCGGAAUCUAAUAUACCUCCUCUGGUCCAAGUUUCAUUGAGGCCCCCUCGCGUCAAUAAUGGCUUGGGAACGCGAAAAUCAAAGCCACCAUCGACAUGUGAUCCAUUUCCGAAGGACAUUGACCUCCCUGCUUCGCCUUCCUCAAGUGAGUCAACCAUCUAUGACGUGCCCAGAAAACCCCGACCGUGUUUGAGUGCGAAGCAAAUUCAGUGUAAUGGCCUCUACGACCAGCCUCGGGCCCUCAAGAUACCCCCGCCACCGCCUCCUCGUUGUGUUGCCAUGAGGAAUGGGCGAAAACCAGUCACCAGUUUAUCAGUGCAAUCGUCUCUUCGAACCAAGAAGUGUGAGCCUAAACCGAUUCCAUUGGUGAACAAUGGAGGAACCCUAAUGGUGGCCACUAGCUCGGCGACUGGACCCAUCCAUCAUCAGUCGUUAUCUCAUGGGGACGAAUUGGCCUCGGAUUGUCAGUCGUUUGCGUCGGAGACUGAUACCUCGUAUUUGGAACAUCGGGAGCUCACCCCGCUUCUCUCGUCAGAUAACGAUUCCCUUUUAUUUGAUAGCUCCUCUUUGCCUGGAGAUCCUUUUCCAGCGGGUCUUCCGGCCAAUGGUCCUCAUCAUCAGUCCAAUAACAACUCGAAAAACAUGGGCUCGGCCACGUCGAGUGAAGAGACUCAAUCAAGCUCAAGCACAUCCACUUCGUGCUCCUCGAGUAGCCUCUCUCCGCUAAGUUGUAGCAAUCACCCACCGCUGCCAUGCCCCUCUUCUGAAUACAUAAUAAGGCACCAGCAUCACAACCAAAAACAACAACAACAACAUCGUCAACAGCAACAGCAAUCACACCAUAAUCACCAACGCACGAAGAAGGAGAGGAAACAGCGCUCCUCUCAUUUGGGCUCAUCGCAGGAACGAAGAUCUGUGUUCUAUGGAGGUCUCCAGGGUAAGAGGCUUUUUCUGAAAAGUGAUAACAAGCCCUUAGAUCCCGAGGCCAUUACGGAAGCCCAUCGGAUCCUACUAUCGACUAGCCCUGAUGAUCUGGCCCUUCACUUGACACAUUUGGACAUGGAAUUGCUCUCAAUUCGGUUGGACCACGAAUAUGCUGACCUGCCAGAGAUCACAUCCGGGCUGCAUUUGAUCACACUCGUGGAUGGCAAAUUCCUCCGCGAGGAUGUCGUUGAGCGAGCCUUGUGCCUGAGGAUAUUUGUGCUCGUCUCCAUUUUUACCUCUUCCAACUGGACUCAAAGUGUGAGGACUUUAGCGCAAUGGAUUGAGGUGGCAGAAUAUUGCCUUGAUGCCCUUGGGAACCAUUUCUCCUUCUUCAAUAUCACAAGUGCGUUAAGCCACGCUCAUUUACAAGAGCUGUCAAAGUUGUGGCAGAAUCUGGAGCAAAACCACCCAACUCAGGCCUUGAAGUACUCUCAACAUUUAAGACCUCGGUUGAAAGCGAUGAACACGCUCUCUGGAGACGUCUUAGACGGUGCUGUAAGUCACGUUGGUGGUGGUGGUGAUGGUGGAGAUGAAGGUGACGAUGAUGAGGGUAGCAGUGGACACAAUGGUGGCCAUCAGACCACAACGACCAUUCCACACAUUGUACCUUUCUUGUCGGGUUGCAAGGACCUCAAAGACAAGCGGACCUUUCGCUUACUUUACAAAGAGAUCUUUCUCUCACCCAGUGAUAGUGAUCAGUCCCUUGGGGACCCAUCCAGGGACAGUCGCGAGGAAGGCGCUUUGUUCCAAUUACAUUUGGCAGAAAUGAACAAAUUCUUACAAAGGAUCGAGGACUUCAAGACACAAGCGGACACGCUCAUGGCCGAAUUCAAGGGAAGCGACGAUGCCAAGAUGGAGAUCUUCAGGACAGACUUUCAUUUGAGGCUUUUCUGGGGAUCACGAGGCUGCAUGGCCUCCACGGAGGAACGGCAUAUGAAAUUCGAUAAAGUGAUCAACGCUUUGGCUACCAUUUGCAAGAACAUCGAGAAGACGCUUCCGUGAAGAAGAGCAAUAGGACAAAUUUUACGUGUGACCUUGACCUCCGAAAAGGCAAAGAAAUAUAAACCUGUAUCAGGCAGUCCUGCCCAAGUUGCUACAAUUUUAUCAGGAAAUGCCUAUGGAAAUGUUCAGGAAACGAUUCGUUGGGAUCAUUUGAGACCCAUUUGGCCUUAAAGACAAAAGCGAUGUGACCUUGUUGGGUCGUCUUGGCUCAUCCAUUAUUCCCAUUACCCAAUCGCUAUUCCCAAAUCCCUUCUCCGACAAUGUGAGCCCCGAUCGUGCAUUUGCCCAAAGUAACGAGUUGAGGAAGCGGGUCGGCGAGUGUAUUUUUGUUUUAGUAAUUGACGUGCCCAAUGCAGGCAGAAUCGCCCGUUCAUCUGUCAAUCUGUUCCAGGCCUCUUCCGCGAUCAAAUGUUGCUAGCAGUCAAGGCUCUUCCUCUCCCCAUCCAUCUCUUGAUUGAAUAUUGAACACUCAAUAGCACUAGGAUCAAUCUUCGUUGUGGGAGGCCGAGGCAGGAGUAAGAAUGAUCAAACCUGACUUUAAA